AUGGCGUACGCUCAACCACAUCCUCGUCUCUCUGUCGUCUCAAACUCGUCUCUCUCCUCUGUCGACCACCUCUCUCCUACCACAUCGUCCACACGCUUCUCGCUCCCCUCGGCACCCUCACUACAUGGAGCCGCCAGUAUCGUCAAGGCGGGGCCUAACCGCCCCAACAUCUACGAGAGGAACCUGAACAAGACCCGUGGAGCAGAGGUCUCUGGGGCAGCCUUUGCGUUUCUAUUCUCCGAGAUCGUGCAGUACACGCAGAAGAGAGUGAGCGGGAUCAACGACCUGGAACGUCAGCUGAACACCCUGGGCUACCGAAUCGGCACCCGCGUCAUCGAGCUCAUGGUCUGGCGCGCAGAGGGAUCCUCCAAGACUCCAAAACGCGAAAUCAAGCUCAUUUCCGUGCUCAUGAUGGUCCAUACGCAAGUCUGGAAAGCGGUGUUUGGCAAGCCUGCAGACGCGAUCGAGAGGAGUGUGGAAAAUCCGGAUGAAUAUAUGAUCAUUGACAACGACCCGCCCAUUGAGAGACACAUUUCCGUUCCUCGAGAUAUGAGCCAGUUGAGCUGUUCAUCGUUUACCGCAGGGAUCGUAGAGGCUGUUCUUGAUGGGCUAUCAUUCCCCGCGCGAGUGACGGCUCACAAUACACCAAAUCCACAAUUUCCCAACCGAACAACGAUCUUAAUCAAGUUGGAGAAGUCAGUACUAGACCGUGAAGAGCUGUUGAAGUGA